UACUAUUCUCCAAUAUUCCCAUUCCAACUAUAAUCAAGAUUUCAUCUAAACCGUUUUGAAAAAGUCUAUAUAUACACACCCUUAUUAAAAACAUUCUUGAAAUCAGUUACUUGUGUUUACAUAAAAAGUCUAUAUACAUAUACACACACCCUUUGGAAAACAUUCUUGAAAACAAUUGUUGGGUUUUUUGUUUUGUAACAUUAAAAAACAAUGUUUGGAAGAGGAAGAAAGAAGAGUGAUAAUACAAGGUAUUAUGAAAUCUUGGGUGUUAACAAGAAUGCAACAGAAGAUGAAAUCAAGAAAGCUUAUAGAAAAGCUGCUAUGAAAAAUCACCCUGAUAAGGGUGGUGAUCCUGAAAAGUUUAAGGAGCUAGCUCAAGCUUAUGAGGUUUUGAGUGAUUCACAGAAGCGUGAGAUUUAUGAUCAAUACGGAGAAGAUGCACUCAAAGAAGGAAUGGGGGGAGGUGGCGGCACGCAUGAUCCAUUUGACAUCUUUGAAUCUUUCUUUGGUGGAAAUCCUUUUGGAGGUGGUGGUAGUGGUAGAGGAAGAAGACAAAGGAGGGGUGAAGAUGUUGUACAUCCAUUGAAGGUCUCCCUUGAGGACCUAUACAAAGGGAUGACCAAGAAACUCUCGCUUUCGCGCAAUGUUAUUUGCUCCAAGUGUAGUGGCAAGGGGUCAAAGUCAGGUGCUUCAAUGAAGUGUUCUGGUUGUAAAGGUACUGGUAUGAAGGUUUCAAUUAGACAGCUUGGCCCUGGAAUGAUCCAACAAAUGCAGCAUCCUUGUAAUGAAUGCAAGGGUACCGGAGAGACGAUUGACGAUAAGGACCGUUGCCCUCAAUGCAAAGGCGAAAAAGUUGUUCCGGAGAAGAAAGUCCUUGAAGUUCAUGUUGAAAAAGGAAUGCAAAAUGGACAGAAAAUUACAUUCCCUGGAGAGGCCGAUGAAGCACCUGAUACGGUUACUGGAGAUAUAGUUUUCAUACUCCAGCAAAAAGAACACCCGACUUUCAAGAGAAAGGGCGAAGAUCUGUUUGUGGAUCACACAUUGAGUCUAACUGAGGCAUUGUGUGGCUUCCAGUUCAUAUUGACACACUUGGAUGGCAGACAACUACUCAUAAAAUCAAAACCUGGAGAAGUUAUUAAACCUGAUCAAUUCAAGGGAAUCAAUGAUGAAGGAAUGCCAGUCUAUCAGAGGCCAUUCAUGAGGGGUAAAUUGUACAUUCACUUCAUUGUGGAAUUCCCGGAUUCGUUGAGCCCCGAACAGGUGAAGGCUUUAGAGGCAAUCUUACCAGCAAAACCUAAAUCACAGUACACAGACAUGGAACUGGAUGAAUGUGAGGAAACUACAUUACAUGAUGUGAAUAUGGAGGAGGAAAUGAGAAGGAAACAAGCUGCACAACAAGAAGCAUAUGAUGAGGAUGAUGAGAUGCAUGGUGGUAGAUCAGAGAGGGUACAAUGUGCUCAACAGUGAAGUGUCUUUUUAUAAAGAGGUUUUUGGUUAAAUAAUAGAUCAGCAAUAGGGAGGGCUAGAAAUAACCAAAGCUUGACAUUUGCUUCUUGUUUGGUUUACUUUAUCUGCUGCCGCUGUUGUUUUGGAAAAGCAAUGUAGUGGGAAGUCAAAAACAGCUACUUUAUAAAAUGCAAAAAUAUAUUUUCUUUCCUUGUUCC